AAGCUAAUUACUGGAACCGGGAUCCGGUCCGAUCAUCCCCUCUAAAAGCCCUAACUCUAUAUAUACUCCCCCAAUUACAAACACUCUCCCUCCAAUUUGCCGCACAUUUCUCCAAAACACACACUAAAAACACACACUAAAACCAACACUCUCAGUCAAUCAUGGUGGAUCAAGAUCAACACUGGCUACUCAACUGCUUAAACGCUACUCUUGACACUAAUCAACAAGUUCGAUCUUUCGCUGAGACGUCGCUCAAUCAGGCCUCCGUCCAACCAGGUUUUGGGAGUGCAUUGUGCAGGAUUGCCGGGAAUAGGGAGCUUCCUUUAGGAGCACGCCAGCUAGCUGCAGUUCUUUUAAAGCAGUUCGUUAAAAAACAUUGGCAGGAGAAUGAGGAAAAUUUCGAACAUCCAGUGGUCUCUAUUCAAGAAAAGGAAACCAUAAGAAGUCUUCUCCUGCUGUCACUUGACGAUAACCAUAAGAAGAUAUGCACGGCAAUUAGUAUGGCUGUUGCAUCAGUUGCACAUUAUGACUGGCCUGAAGAUUGGCCGGACUUGCUACCGUUCCUCUUGAAGUUGAUAAAUGACCAAACUAACUUAAAUGCAGUUAACGGGGCUCUAAGAUGCUUGGCGCUUCUUUCAUCAGACUUGGAUGAUACAGUUGCCCCCACACUAGUGCCAGUUCUAUUUCCGUGUUUGUAUACAAUUGUAUCAUCUCCUCAGGUUUAUGAUAAACAAUUGCGUGCGAGGGCACUUUCAAUUAUUUAUUCUUGUACCUCUAUGCUGGGGGUUAUGAGUGGCGUAUACAAGGCUGAAACCAGUGCAUUAUUGUUACCGAUGCUUAAACCUUGGAUGGAUCAGUUUUCUUCUAUUCUUGACAUACCAGUUCAACCUGAAGAUCCAGAUGAUUGGAGCAUAAGAAUGGAGGUCUUAAAGUGCUUGAAUCAGUUUGUUCAGAAUUUCCCAGGACUUAUUGAAUCUCAAUUUAUGGGAAUUAUGGGGCCAAUAUGGCAGACAUUUGUGUCCUCACUUAGAGUGUAUGAACGAUCAGCACUUGAAGGUUUAGAUGAUUCCUAUGAUGGGCGUUAUGACUCUGAUGGAGCUGAGAAAAGCCUCGAGUCAUUCAUUAUUCAGUUAUUUGAGUUCCUCUUGACCAUUGUGGGUAGUCCAAGAUUUGUAAAGAUUCUUGGAAACAAUAUCAGUGAAUUGGUGUAUUACACUAUAGCUUUUCUUCAAAUGACUGAACAACAGGUUCAUACUUGGUCACUUGAUGCGAACCAGUAUGUUGCAGAUGAGGAUGAAAAUACCUAUAGUUGCCGUGUUUCUGGUUCCCUUUUACUGGAAGAAAUUAUUAGCUCAUGUGGUACAGAGGGAAUUCAUGCUAUAGUGGAAGCAGCUAGAAAACGCUUUGUUGAAUCUCAACAGGAGAAGGCUUCUGGUUCUUCUGGCUGGUGGAGAAUGAGAGAGGCAAAUCUUCUGGCUUUGACUUCACUGUCUGAACAAGAGAUUUCUCUGCUUCCGGGAUGCACUUUAGGGAACCUCUUAGAGCAAAUACUUUCAGAGGACAUGGCAACAGGGGUACAUGAAUAUCCAUUUCUCUAUGCUCGCAUGUUUUCAACUGUUGCUAACUUCUCAACUGUGAUCAAUAAUGAUAUUGUUGAGCAGUUCCUUUAUGCUGCUAUCAAGACAAUCGGCCUCGAUGUGCCCCCUCCUGUCAAAGUAGGUGCUUGUCGAGCACUUACACAGCUAUUGCCUGAUGCAAAUAUUGUAACUAUUCUGCCUCAUUUUGUGAAUCUAUUUUCAUCACUUAUAGAUCUUCUCAAGCAGGCAUCUGAUGAAACAAUGCAUCUGGUACUUGAAACACUGCAAGCUGGAGUGGAGGCAGGCCAUGAGUCAACAGAGUUCUCAUCGAUUGAGCCACUUAUCUCUCCUGUCAUCCUUGGCAUGUGGGCUUUGCAUGUUUCAGACCCUUUCGUUAGCAUUGAUGCUCUUGAGAUACUGGAGGCAAUAAAAAAUGCUCCUGGAUGUAUACAUCCCCUGGUUUCUCGAAUUUUGCCUUAUAUUGGACCAAUCCUUAAUCGUCCUCAACAACAACCUGAUGGUUUGGUUGCUGGUUCACUUGACCUUGUGGCAAUGUUGUUGAAGAAUGCCCCUAGUGAUGUUGUCAAAGCAGUUUAUGAUGUUUCCUUUGAUCCUGUGGUACGCAUAGUCCUACAAAGUGACGACCAUAGUGAAAUGCAGAAUGCAACUCAGUGCUUAGCUGCCUUCUUGUAUUGCGGAAAAGAAGAUUUGCUUUCUUGGGGAGGUGACCCGGUAUUUACCAUGAAGAGUUUGCUUGAUGUAGCUUCAAGGCUUCUCAACCCUGAUCUGGAAAGCUCAGGGUCGCUCUUUGUUGCAAGUUACAUUCUGCAACUAAUUUUACAUCUGCCAUCACAAAUGGCACAGCACAUUAGAGACCUGGUAGCUGCUCUUGUUAGGCGCAUGCAAUCUUGUCAAAUUGCAGGAUUGAAAAGCUCAUUAAUACUUAUAUUUGCUAGACUGGUUCAUAUAAGUGUACCACAAGUGGAGCAAUUUAUUGAUCUAAUGAUCUCAGUCCCAGUUGAGGGCCAUUAUAAUGCUUUUGCAUAUGUGAUGUCCGAAUGGUCAAAGCAGCAAGGAGAAAUACAGGGGGCAUACCAAAUAAUAGUUACCACCACUGCUUUGGCUUUACUGUUAUCAACCAGGCAUGCAAAUUUGGAAAUAGUUAAUGUUCAAGGACAUCUGAUUAAGUCCACUUCAGGAAUAACCACUCGCUCUAAAGCUAAACUAGCUCCAGAUCAGUGGACAAUUAUGCCUCUCCCUGCAAAGAUACUUGCUAUCCUGGCUGAUACACUUAUUGAGAUGAGAGAACAGUUUGUAGCUGGUGCUGACGAGGAUGAUGAAUGGGAAGAAGUUGAGGCCGAAGAUACUGAAACCAAUCAAAAUAUGCUAUAUUCGGCAGGUGCCAACAUAUCUGGUAGAGUCAAAAACAGCUAUCUUGAGUCAAUGGCAAAAUCCUUUGAUGAGGACCAAGAUGAUGGUUUCGAGGAUGAAUUGCUAAGUAGUGCUGAUCCUUUAAAUAAGAUUAAUCUAACAAGCUAUCUAGUGGAUUUUAUCGUGAAGUUCUCUCAUAGUGACAAACCAUAUUUUGAUCAUCUAUGCCAGAGCUUGACCCAGCCACAAGUCAAAGCUCUUGAGCUUGUAUUGAGCAGAUAAAAAACAUGCAAGUCGGACACAUUGAUUAGUUGAACUGGAGCAUGAAGUUAUAAUUUGAGUGUAAAGUCAAGGUUUUUAUGAUGCGGAUUUCCAUUCUUUAUUCUUGUAUUUCUGUAAAAUCUGUUGAUGGUGUUCCUUUCUUGUAUCGUCAAUAUAUUGAUCCAUGCAUUACCCCUAUUGGUUAGAAUAGGAAGGAAAAAGAUCCUGGGUUUAAGUAUCCUGUGUAAAAAAUUUGGUAACGUUAAUGUACAGUAAGAGUUAAAUGUACACAUCGGUCAGGAUGUGGGUUGAAAAUGUGAGGCUAGACUGAAGUUUUAAAUCUGGUUGAGGGCCUAUAUCUUAGUUAGGAACCCAUGGGAUCGAUGAUUUGGAGUAGUGGGCCCUCUCGUUUGGAGAUGGACAAAGUACCACAGGGAGUAUUCGGUUUUCUUGGAUUAUAUUUUCAUCCUAGAUAUUGUACUGUCUAUUUGCUUUGUCUUAUAUGUGCCAUUUAUCUAUUAAAACUGUGCAAUAUAUCUAUUAAAACUUUAUUCUUUGCUU